AUGUUCUUUGUCGUCGCUCUGGUCAAUGGGUCGAGCUCCACUUUUCAGGUUUCUCGCCCUCGUUUUUUGCGACACCCUGAAUUUCGGGUUGUGAAAGGGAACCUUGGUAACCUUUCAUAUCUCGCUCUUAAUGUCGACGAAGAUGGUAGUCUCGACGUGUUCACAGAUUGCCCUGCUCUUCGGACUAUCGACCUUUGUUUGGAAAUGAACAUUCCCUGGCAGCAAAUCCAAAAGAUGUUCGUUGGCGUAGACCCAGGACUCCAGAUGUCAUUUCUGCGGCUCAUAUCUAGAUGCUCAAGUCUUGAUUCUCUCGAUCUCCGGCUCAUAGACGGCAAAGCUUCAGGAGCUGAUGUCGUUGAGCGCCACAUCUCGACAAACAUCGAAACCCCAGUGGCAGUAAGCCUCCUUUUGCAGCACUCCUCCGUUGUUUGUCAUAAAUUCCUCUUCCAACAACUUGAAUUUCCCAAAUUAUCCUCACUCCAGAUAUCUCCGCUUCUUUACUAUCAUUCUCAUCAGCACCUAGAUAUAGCACCCCUCCUUGACCAACCGACCAGGUCCCCUUCUCGCAUCACUUCCUUGUCCCUUAAACAUGUUCGUCUCUCCUACGAGCAACGGCUGCGUCUGCUCGAACUCAUGCCUGGGCUUGAGACUCUAGGCAUUGCUGAAACAUACGAAUCGGGACCAAUCGCACAGUAUAAAGUUCAAACAAACUCGAUCUGUACACCCCGAUUCCUCGCGGGCCCGUCACCUUCCCCGGCUUUAAUACCAAAUUUGCGAAAGCUUAUUCUCAGCGUUCACCGGCAUAAUCUCGAUCUCGACAAGUUGUAUGAGGUGGCACACCCGAGGUGCUCAGAUGCAGCUGACUCGACUUCAGACAGGUGGAACCAUCUUCGUUCCCUCGAGCUUAUCUUCUAUCCUGAAGGUAACCCUGGUACUGGCGUUUCGUGGGAGGAACAGAUCUCUCAAGAACAUGGAGGGCGCGACUGA